AUGGCAGCUCAGUGUUCCCACGCAGCUCUGGGGGCCUACAGAAAAGCCCGCAGAGCUGCUGAGGCCCUUUUAGCAGCAGAACUUAGUAGGGGGCCCCCUGGGGGCCCCCAGGGGGGCCCCCAGGGGGGCCCCCAGGGGGCCCCCAAGCUGGGGGGCCCCAAGCUGGAGGCCCUGGGGGCCCUCGCUGUCUGGCUGGACUCUUGGGAGCAGCAGGGAGAGGCCAAGGUGGUCCUCAAGCUGCCAGAUGAAGAGACGGGCCUUCAGAUUGUGAAGGAGGCAAUGCUGUCAGGGCUCAACGCUUGCUGCAUCCACGACGCAGUGGGCACAACAUCGAGGGGACGCACCCAAGUACCCAGCGGGUCAAUGACGGCCAUUGCUGUGGGGCCUGGUGAGGCAGCAGCAGCAGCAGCAGCAGCAGCAGCAACAGCAGCAGCAGCAGGAAUAGCGGCAGCAACAGUAAUAGCGGCAGCAGCAGCAGCAAAAAUAGCGGCAGCAGCAGCAGCAGCAGGAACAGCAGCAGCAGCAGGAAUAGCGGCAGCAACAGUAAUAGCGGCAGCAGCAGCAGCAAAAAUAGCGGCAGCAGCAGCAGCGGCAGCGGGAACAGCAGCAGCAGCAGGAAUAGCGGCAGCAACAGUAAUAGCGGCAGCAACAGCAGCAAGAAUAGCGGCAGCAGCAGCAGUAGUUAGCACCGGUAGUUCUAUCCUCGCAGCUGCAGCAGCAGCAGCAGCUGUUGCUGCAGCAGCAACAGCAGUUGCUGCGGUAAGAGGCCCUCAGCUCGACAGUGGGCAGCUGCUUCCACUGAAGGCAGCAGCAGCAGCAGCAAAAGCAACAGCAGCAGCAGCAGCAGCAAAGGCAGCAGCAGCAGCAGGCAAGGUCAUCAAUGUGUCUGUGGUCGCGCAGCUGCCAGUGCCUGCACACACAAAAAGGCCAGCCCAGCCACAGGGGGCGUCGUUUGAUUCUCCACUGCAGCAGCAGCAGCAACAGCAGCAGCAGCAACAGCAGCAGCAGCAACAGCAGCAGCUGCAUCUACUUUCUGGUGCGCAUACACCGACCACCCUGUGCGUGGCACCGGUAGCUACUGCUGCUGCUGCUGCUACUGCUGCUGCUGUUGCUGCUGCUGCUGCUACUGCUGCUGCUGCUGCUGCUGACCUGGCUUUGCUGCAGCAGCAAAAUGGCAGAAGCCGCAGCUCGUUAUUAAGGGCUGCAGCGCCGGCAAAUCAGCAGCACGAAGGGCCUCUUGUAUCUGCGGGCAAAGACUGGAGGAAACGAACUGCAGCAGCAGCAGCCGCUGCUGCUGCAGCCUGCAGCAGACGCACAAGCAGUGCGCAGCAAAGUCCUCUGCAGCAGCAGCAAACAGCAGCAGCAGCAGCACCGACAGCAGUACAAGCAGCAAUACCAGGCGGCAGCGCCAAACAGCAGCAACAAAGAACAGCAGCAAACGGCAUCAACAAACAGCAGCAACAAACAGCAGCAACAAGCAGCAGCAACAAACGGCAGCAACAAACAGCAGCAGCAAACAGCAGCAGCAAACAGCAGCAGCAAUGCAUGCAGCCCCACCAGCAGGCUUUGGGGCUGUCGCUUUCACAGAAAGCCACAAGGGCCCCCAAGGGGGGCCCCCAAGAGGGUACAGGGGCCCCCCGGGCCCUGGGGGGCCCCCCUGGGGCCUGGGGGCCCCCCAGCAGCUGCAGCGCCAAAAAUGCCUCAUAG